CGUAGACAUUGCAGCUCCAUCUGUUCAGCCACUCAUUGUUCAGCUUGACUGCUUUGGAAAGGUCCACGAGCCGCACUGCCAGUGAGGAGGAGCCGGGAACCGCUGCGCUACGGACAAGUCCAUGUCUGCAGCGAGUCUUCCUGGAAGGCACGGGACUUUCUGGAUUUUAGUUUGGAAAGAAGAGAACAGAGGAUAAAAAGGGGAAAUAUUUUUUUUUUGUCAGCCAGCUGAAAACUAAAACCGAAAGAAGUGUGAAAAAGACCACAAAGUUUUCGUUGCACGGAGAGAUGAGCAAAGUUAAUCAUUCCAAAGCACUUUCCUAGGAAUUCCUUUUGUUUGGUUUUAUACUGGAACCCGGUGCAGAACUGCAGGCCUCCCUACAUCCCAGAGUAGAGGAGUGGGGACACUGUCAGCGUGGAGCUGGAUGUGUGCAGCAGCUUCAUGGGCCUGAAGGACCACCUGGAUGAUGGGAUAGGCCGCAUCCUGGACCUGGGGCUAGAUUUGGACUACCUCCAUGUGGAGAGCACCGACCGGCAGCCUGACGUGAUCACUCCCUGGACCCCCGCCAAGGACAAGUGUGUGGCGGAGGGAAAGGCAGGGGAGGAGGGGGGCAGCAGCACCAGCAGCUCCUCCUCCUCUGAGGAAGAGGAGGAGGAGGAGGAAGAAGAGGAGAGGGAGAGCACCGGGUCCGACGGCGAGGCUGAGCGGGCUCGCGGCGGUGUCGGCGGCGGUGAAAACCCGCGGGGCGGAGGGUCAGAAGACGGCGCUCACUCCCCGCUCUCCCACUCGCUCGGCCCGGGCCCGGACCCGGACCCGGGACAGUCCCUGGCCCCCGCAGAGGAACACAAGCCGCCAGACGCGCACAGGGAGUACCGCACAAAAAUGGAGUUCGCCCUGAAGCUGGGCUACGCUGAGGAGCUGGUCCGGCUGGUUUUGGGCAAACUGGGGCCCGACGCGCUCAUCAACGACAUUCUGGGAGAGCUGGUCAAGCUGGGAAACAAGGCGGAGACCGAGCAGGGCGGGGCUACGCAGUCCACCUCCUCCUCCUCCUGCUCCACCUCCUCGCUGUCCUCCUCUUCCUGCCUGUUCCUGGCAGACUCCGAUUCCCACAGGCCCGAUACUCCGCCCCUCAUGGAGCUGCUGGACGACGAGGAGAACAUGCGGCCCAUAGUCCUGGACGGCAGCAACGUAGCGAUGAGCCAUGGGAACAAGGAGGUGUUCUCCUGCCAGGGAAUCAAGCUGGCGGUGGACUGGUUUCUGGAGCGGGGCCAUAAGGACGUGACCGUGUUCGUGCCGGCCUGGAGGAAGGAGCAGUCCCGACCCGAUGCUCUCAUCACAGACCAAGAGAUCCUGAGGAGGCUGGAGAAGGAGAAGAUUCUGGUGUUCACGCCGUCGCGACGCGUCCAGGGGCGCAGGGUGGUCUGCUACGACGACCGCUUCAUCGUGAAGCUGGCCUACGAGUCCGACGGCAUAAUCGUAUCCAACGACAACUACCGAGACCUGGCCAAUGAGAAGCCAGAGUGGAAGAAGUUCAUCGACGAGCGGCUGCUCAUGUACUCCUUCGUCAACGAUAAGUUCAUGCCGCCAGACGACCCCCUGGGGCGCCACGGGCCCAGCCUGGAGAACUUCCUGAGGAAAAGGCCCGUCAUCCCGGAGCACAAGAAGCAGCCCUGUCCUUACGGAAAGAAGUGCACUUACGGGCACAAGUGUAAGUUCUACCACCCGGAGAGGGGCCCCCAGCCGCAGCGGUCCGUGGCGGACGAGCUGCGGGCCAGCGCCAAGAGCCUGGGGGAGUCGGGGCUGGUGAAGAGCCACAGCCUGCCCUCCAGCGCCCGGCCCGACCUGGGCCUGGACGCCCGGCGCGCCGCCUCCAAGCGCCAGUCCGACCCCAGCAUCCGCACCUCCGCCUACAGCGACCCGGACGACCGGCUCAGCGCCAGAGCCAAGAUGGAGGCGGCGCGCAAGACCCACGGCGGCCCCACCCCGACUCCUCCUCUUCCUCCUCCUCCGGCUCCACCCAUCGUCUGCUACCCUCACAACCAGAGGGUGGCGCCCCCCGUGGGCGCGCCCCCACCCAAGACCCACGGGACGACCGCGCUAGGCUACCCGGAGCGGUACCCCGAGGGAGAGUCAGACCUGAGCUACUACUCCAUGGUGAAGGCGUACUCGGGCCUGGGCCUGUCGGCGGGCCGCAGCCCGGACCGCCGUUUCCCCGCCGAGGCGGAGCUGCGCGUCAGCUCGGUGGCGUCGGACUGCAGCAGCGAGGGCAGCGCGAGCUGCGGCAGCAGCUCCGACUCGUACAGCGCCGGCUACAGCGAGCGCGCCUGCGUCAGCUCCCCGGACUCCCUGCUGGAGGACAACCUCAAGUGCCACCACCACCACCACCACCACCACUACCCACACAACACUGCCGGCCCCUCGCCCCAGCACCCGCACCCACACCCGCCACAGCACCCGCACCCGUCCCAGCCCCCCCACCCGCACCCACACCCGCCCCAGCACCCGCACCCCCACCCCUACGUGCUCUCCCAGCCGUUCGGCCACGGCUCUCAGAGCCUGACGCGGGUGCACGGCUUUGGGUACGAGGGCCCGUCGAACCACCACUUCAAGCAUCCCCCCCUGCCCUACCUGCCCUCGCCCGUGGGCGUGCGGUCCGGCUGCCCGGGAGACUACCCGCCGCUCCCCCAGACCUCUCCCCGGUCGCAGGGCUCCCCGCUGAGCCGCGGCCUGGCGUCCUCGCGGGUGGAGAGCGCCUCGGACUCGCGGCUGUACGACCCGUCGCCCCUGCACCCCAGGAAGCUGCCCUUCUCUGGGCAGGAGCACGUGGGCAGCUGGGAGGCCUACCACCAGCACCAGCAGCAGCAGCACCCGCCGGCACAGCCCUGCCACGAGCAGUUCGCCUUCCAGACCCCGCCCGAGAGCCGGCAGCAGGCCUGGCGCCUGCCGUGGGGUCACCCGGCCUACCCCCCCGCCUACCCCGCCCCCGCCUCCCAGCAGCAGCACCAGCAGCACGAGCCCCCCUCCCUCAGCCGCUACCACGACGUGCGGGACAAGGUUUUCGUGAACCUGUGCAACAUCUUCCCCGCCGAACAGGUGCGGCUCGUGAUGGAGAGGAACCCGCACGUGACCGACGCCCAGCAGCUGGCUGCCGCCAUCCUGGCGGAGAAGUCGCAGCCGGGCUACUGACCGGACGCACGGCGGAAGUUUCCGGGGCCGAGGCGCCCUCACACCCUCUCUCCUCUCAGCCACCGACGCGCCGACGUUUGUGCGCUGAAGGCAGGUUUGCUACAGUAGCACACUUAUCGUAGUUCCAGUUCUCUGCAGGGAAACGCAUAACAUCAAAUGCAGAAUUGCCUGGGAAAUGCAUUUAACGUUUCCAUUUUGCUGAGGAAAAUAGUUGAAUCCAUUAUUUUUUUUCUUUCAAAGAGAAAAAGCAGGGAUUUUUUUUGUUAAUCCAAACUUAAUUUCGACUAAACUGCUGUUGAAAUAUUUUUGUGGUAUCUUAUUUUGUGCAAUCCUACAGACAACAGACAACAGCACUCACCUAUCAGCAGCCAGCUAGUCUUUAAUGCAUGCUUUGAUUCUGGAUCAAAGGCAUGUCUUCCCAAUCAUACCCAGAUAGUUUACUGCAUUAUAGUAAUUUCAUUUUAUCCAGGUGGAAGGCUUGUAAUUGCCUUUGAAGCUUGAAGUCUAAGUGUGGGCUGGUGUUUGUGUUGCUUUGGUUAUAUUUAUUUUAAUAUAUGUGUUUUAUUAUUUUAUGUAUUUUUUGUUGUGAAGUUUAAAUGAGGAGGUACUGAUUCUAAAGACAUGAAAUUUUGAAAGCAAAUCAAAUUGGAGAAUAUGAAAGAUGGGUGUGGGCUGAGAGUGUAACAGGGUUGAUGGACACUUUCAUCCCAAAUUAAACAAAAAUGGAGCUUCAAAAAAGAUGCCUAAAUUUGAAGGGGGAGAUGAGGAGAAUAAUGGAUAAGCCUUCCGGUAUCCCUUUGAUGUCCAAAUUUCACCAAACAAAUCACUUAAUGCAGUAUAAUUUAGGCAGAAAACACAUUGACUCUGUAUGACUGGUGUAUAUUUCUGAUUCCAAACAAAUAUGAAUGAAAAAGGGUUGUGGUUCUGGGUAUAAAUAAGAACAAUCAGCAGCUCAUUACAAUAGAGAGCUUGUUACUGUGGUUGGAACAGAAACCAGCAAACACAGUGGUUCCCCAGGACCAGGGAUGAGAAACACCCUGGUUCUGGGAGGGUCCGCAAUUGCAUUCCCAAACACCCCCCCCCAACUAAGUGACACCAAUUUUCCCUGGUAGUCGCAUCCCCCCCCCCCCGAUCCCCCCCCGCCCCACCACCGCCGCCCACCCCCCACAAUCGCAAUCUCAAUCCUACCCCAGUUUGUGAUCUUUAUGAAGCCUUUAAAAAAGCAAAACAAAACAACAACAAAAAACCUUUUUAACUUGAUGGGGGUCCCUGGAAUGCCUUUGAGCCUGGGUGGGGGUCCCUGGAUCAAAACCGGCUGCAAACCCCCGGAUCAAACGAUAAACCCAACUCCUGAAACCUUUCAGCUCACACCCAAGCAAAUCAGUACCUAAUCUCACCUCAAAGUUUAUUUGUAUUACUUUUUUAAUCUCCACAAAAACCUGACACCAUUGAAAAUCACAGCACGAUGGUUUUUGCGGAUAUGCAGAAUAGUAUGGUUUUUUGAUGCACUGUAGAGUACAAGUGAGGACAUUUUAUUUAUAUAAUUUAUUUUUUUCCUUAUUUCGUUGUAAUGUUUCUUUAUGCUGUGUGUGUGUGUGAUGUCUCCAUCACAGUGGGAGGGGUUGGUAAUGCAGUUAUGUAGCAGAGCUAAAGUAUAGCUAGAAAAGGCCAGAAUGUUGUCAGAGGUGUAGAAAUAGACACAGAUGCACGGCUGCAGUGUCCGUGUAUCUUAGCUUUAGUAAGGGAAGUCUCUGGUUCUGCUCUCAGGGAUUUCUGAUGGAUGCUGUCCAAGCACUCUUUAAUCUGCCCGUGUGGCUUCUUAGCCUAGUUUCCCAGCCCAACCCAGUCAAGCUCACGAAGAACUCAAAAUUGCUUGCCAUCCCGGUCCAGUUUUGAAACAUGGAUUUGUCGGAAAGGAUGAUUAUUUUGUUACUUAAUCCCAAAGAAAAAGAGCUUACAUUAUGAGAUCUAAGGAGUCCCUUAUUUUAUUCCUUAAUUAUCCCAAACCUUUGUCUGUCACUAAAUUUCAUGCAGGUGAAAAUAUGGUAGUGUUUCUAUCACAACACUUAAUCUUAAUCUUCUAGCUGGUGUAAAAAUUACCUUACAGCUAGGCUUGUUUCACAUCUCAUAGUGUUCAAUAGCAGUCAGUAACCAGCACAAUCCUUGGGAGCCAGAGAAUACCUUUAUUCAUUGAUACAAAUUGUAUCUUAUUAACUUAAGGAAAGAUUUUUAUAUAAAAAUGUAUGGAAAAUAUAUAUACCCACAAAUAUAUGAAUUUAUGCAUAGUUGUUAGUCACAUUUGUAACUAUUAAAGAGAUAUUUUGGGGAACACGUUAUUGUUUAAUUUUAGCAAAGAGCACCAAAAUUGUCAAAAUGGGUUUUGGAGCAGAAAGAGCAUGAAAUGCAUCUUCUCCUGCAAAUGUAUGUAAAAAAAUUAAAAAAAAUAAAUAAAUAAAGGAGGGUCGGGUACAGGGUUGCCAGCUAACCGAGAAUUUACACCGUGAGAUUUAUUAAAUACGACAAAAACUUGUGUGAUCCAGCUAGGCUAUGUUCACUUACUGAAUCAGAUAGCCCUGUAUCACUCAGUGAUAAAAGUUUUUUCUUUCUUUAGUGCUUUAAAAUUUAUGUCCACGAUUGAAUCAUUGAUAGCUAUCCAAUUGCAAUUUGAUGGCUGCAACGCAUGUGCCCAAGUCACACACUUUACUUACUGUAACUUCAUCAACACAUUGUACAGGCUGGUCUCAGCACGUCUCCUACACCCACACCGGACGCUGAGCAGACUAAAUACAUAUCAAUCCAAAGCGGCGCAUGCAAGUGCUGUAGCCUUUUAAAGAAUUCUCGGUAUUAUUUUCGUGACUUUUGUUUAAAAGGGUUUUGUUUUUGGUUUUUUUUUUUUUUUUUUUAAUUGUUUUUUUAAGGUGGCAGGAAGUACAAAACUAAAGUAGGUUGGCAGCCCUGAUCGGACCAUUGGAAGAAUUAACAAGGGUUUUCUGUAUACCUGUUAAACUCGAGAGACAUUCAUGUUAGUGCAGUAAAUACUUCACAUGCCUGGCCUAUUUUGGGCAAAAGAAAAUACCAUAUAAUUAGUAGAUCUGUUUGUGUUGGUGGAGAUCAUGCUUUAUUACAAACAUUUGUCCAAAUAAUAGAUUGCUUAGGUGCAAAAAUAGAAGAAACUGUUUAAAUACCAUACCAGUUCCCACCAUACCAGUUUAUACCAUAGAACAAUAAUGUGUGCAAGUAGAUUAGACGUAUACGUGACAUUUUUAGAAAAUGUUGCAGUAAGCCGGUCCACAAGGACAGACAAACGUUAAAAGAUAUUUCCAGGUUUUGAAACGUGGCUGCUGUCAACAGUGGGAUCCAGAGCAUACGAAACGAAGAGGGAAGAGACCAUUCAUUCCUUUUGAAGUUUUUACAUUAAGCAUUGUGGCCUUUCCAUUCUUGGAUUUUGAGUGAGGAUGUGGACUGGCCCGACCCAGAAAUGCCAGAGGAAGUGAAAGGGCUGACACAGGAAGUGAAAGGGCUCACAAGCUGCCCAGAACAGGAUGUCCGAGCACCUUUUGAAAUGAAGAGCCUUCUCUCUGGCCGCGGAACACCGUGUGUUGCCACGGGCGGAGACGUGGGUAUAUAAGAGUAAAUGCUUCUUCUUAGCAUUGUGCUUAUUGACACAUCCCAUAAUAAUCUGAACCAUGUUCAGCAAACUAUUACUCACAUUCUUUUUUUCUCCAUUUUUGUAACUUGUUGGAAAUGUGUAAAUUCCGGUAACAGCUUGAUGCUGUGAACAUGGCUUGGCUGAAUUUUUGUAUUUUAAAUUUGUUGAUUUUCUACCUUUCCAACCCAACCCUACAGCUGUGACAAGUGUAGAGUUUUCAUGUCAUUGUAAUGUAUACACCUUUUGAAGUGAUUUAUGACAAUUUUAUAUAAGGUGAGGUAAUUUCAUUGCAAUUACUUCACCAUUAAGAUGACGUUUUUCAUGACAAUUUUCGAUGUUUUCCCUUAUGUGCAGUAUUACAAAGGUUUGCUACAGUAUUAUAUUUCAAAAAAAAAUGUACGCUAUUUUUUUAAAUAAAAGAACAAUAUAGGGAAUCAGUUUUUGUAGACCAAAGCCACAGGCAGAAUGGAAAACAAAAGGGACUAAAGUAUUUUAGGACGCAUCAGGAAUUGUUAAAAUACUAGACGGUACACACCUCAGACUGUGGGCAUUACAACUUUUAAAAAAUUAUACAGCAUUACAUUUUGAACAUUUUUAGCUUUCCCCAAACCCUUCAAUGACAAACGAGAAAUGACAUUGUUAUUACCAUUUCUAAAAGUGGAAGUACUUGGAUUUAGAGGUUUUGAAAUUGAGUUUUCUUCUCAUUCACAGGAAAACAUCUGAAGGAACGAUCCAUUACCAGAGUGCAGAUAGGCUAGUGCAGUGCAUUUAUACGUUCCUGCAGCUCUGUACAUGCAGUUAUUUUCGUUCACAUCGCCCAAGCCAAUUAUGUACAUCAGCAAUUAUGUGAAAAUCAGUAUUCCAUAUGAUCUAAGCGAAUUGCGACCUGAUGGCUGCUCUUAGCUUAGACAGCCAGCUCAUCUGCAAUGAAACUCAUCUGAAGAAUUAAUUUUCACAUUCAGUUAAACAAGCAGCAGCAAGAUCAAAGCUAAAGCACUGGCCUGGUUAAGCCUUAGAGUCCCAGACAGGAGAAACACACAGAAGUUUCACCAGCAGGGUGUGAAAUUAGCACCCGCCACCAGCCACCAAAUGCUGGCAAAAUUUUGAUUGUGGCUGCUGAGAUUUUCUAAACUAACUUUGCCAGGUAACCCUGCAGCAACAGGUUGUGCCAUAUUGUAAAAGGUAAUGUGGCUGGUAAAAUGUUUAAAAUGGCUGGCGAGUUCUUAAAAUCCACAGGUCCCACUGGCCAGUGGGUGGGGAAAAAAAGCUAAUUUCAUGCCCUGCUAACCAAUCAGACCGCAUUGCUUUAACUUUAUCCACAGACGAACGAAAUGCAUCUGACUUCAAUGUUUCGAUAACAGAAGGUAACUACACUGGGUUCUUUUUACAACGUUCUGAUGAAAUGGCACAGUGUACUUUAAUGCAUUGGGGUGUUUCUGUAAAGAAAAGCAGGAUAAAUGUGAUGUGCUUUGGACCGUUCAAAAUAAAACAAAUUUACCUUUU